AUGGCGGCCGUGGCGUUCUUCCUUCUGCCUGAUAGCCCGCAUAAAGCUCGUUUUCUCACGGAAGAUGAGAAGCGUGUUGCUCUCGCGCGUGGAGUGCGGCAAUCUGGCAAGACCGAGCGCAUCGGCGGUAUCAGUCUCAAGGAUACACUCGACACGCUACUCGACUUCAAGCCUUGGUUCACGGCACUCAUGUACUUCUCCACCAACGUCGCUUUCUCAUCCCUUCCUGUCUUCCUUCCGACAAUCCUAGAGGAGAUGGGUUUCUCGGGAGUCAACGCACAAGGUCUCUCCGCACCACCAUACUUUCUUUCCUGGAUCCUAACGAUCGCUACGACAUACAUCGCCGAUCGGUCACAGCAGCGUGGCCUGACCAUCAUCGUCAUGUCUCUGGUCGGAGCUAUAGGCUACGUUAUGCUCGCCGCAAGCAAGAGCGUAGGUGUACGGUAUGCCGGAGCCUUUCUUGCCGCCGGUGGUGUCUUUCCGUUGAUAGCUAACAUCCUGCCGUGGGUAUUCAACAACCAGGGUAACGACACAAGACGUGGCUUUGGCUUCGUCAUUACCAACACUAUAGGGCAAUGUGGCCCUUUGCUUGGUACGAGGGUGUACCCGGCGACGACUGGACCGUACUAUACUGAAGGCCAUUCGGUGUGUGCUGCUUUCUUAUUCUUCACGACGCUCUUGGCUUUUGGGCUGAGGACGCUUCUGGUGCGGGAGAACAGGAAGCUAGAUCGUGAGCAUGGGACGUUGGAGGAGCAGCGGGCAAGGGCUGCUGUGGCGGUCGACAGUGAUGAGAAGGCGAGCGUACAGCAGGGUGUGGAGAAUUAUGGGCCAACGUAUCGAUACGUGUUGUAG